GUGACUUGAACUGUGAUCUUUGAGUUGUGCAGUUCUUGUUCCAAGGUGCUCAGGGAAGGAAAGCAAGAGAAAGCAAGAAUGAAGCUCUGUGGAACAUUUCUAGAAAAUGAGUUCCGAGGCAAACUGCUGAGUCAAAAGUGGACCCGUGGAGAAAGGAUCAGCAGUUGUGAGACAACAAAAAGCCUCCACAGCAGGCACAUCAAGAUGAGUUUAGAGAAUGACGAUAAGCGAGCACGCACGCGAUCAAAGGCAAUCAGAGUACCAACAGAACUCAUCGGUCAAGAAGUGAGCUGCCCUACUCCAGGAUGCAAUGGAUCAGGACACAUCCGGGGAAAGUAUGCAAGACAUAGGAGUUUACAAAGUUGCCCCCUAGCGAAGAAGAGGAAGCUUGAACAUACAGAAGCAGAACAUCCCGCAUCUAAGAGGAAAUCUCACCCCCUUAAACUAGCUCUGGAUGAAGGCUACAACGUAGACAGUGAUGGGAGUGAAGAGACUGGGGCGAAAGAGGAGUCUGUGACGGAUGAUUCUGAAGGCAGCUUGGAGGAGGACGAGGUGGAGACGAUAGACCAAGAAGAAACCUACAGCAGUCCUCUGCCACAAGAAGGCCAAGUAACAGACGGAAAUCUGGAAGCCAAGGAACAUAGAUCUGAAAGUGAAGAGCAAGUCUCCAGUGCUGGGGAAAAUGUGGAUUUGCUGCAUGAAGGGGUGACAGAAGAAGAGGAGGAAGAGGAGGAUGAGGAGGAGGAAGAGGAAGAAGCUGGUGAGGAGGAAUGUGAAAAGGAGAUCAUCAUUCAGACAGAAGAUGCUGAGGAAGUCAUCGAGGUCACCAGCGAACGUGGCAGCGACUUGUGCCUGGAACAUCGAGACAAUGAAGUGAGCUGUGAGGAAUCUUGCAAAUUGCAAAAAGAGGAUGAAGAAGAAGAGGAGGAGGAAGAGGAAGAGGAGAAUGAAGAAGAAGAGGAAGAGGAGGAAGAGGAAGAAGAUUAUGAAGAUGAGGAGGAGGAAGAGGAGGAGGAGGAGGAGGAGGAGGAAAAAGCAUCUGAAAUAAUCUGUGAGGAAGUUCCUCACACAUCUCAGGACUCCCCCAAAACACACUGUGAAGGACCGACGGUCAGCCCCAAGCCUGAGUAUUCUGUUAUUGUGGAGGUGAGGUCAGAUGAUGACAAGGACGAUGAUUCUCACUCCCAGAAAUCCACUGUGACUGAUGAAUCUGAGAUGUAUGACAUGAUGACCCGGGGGAACCUGGGGCUCUUGGAACAGGCCAUUGCACUGAAAGCGGAACAAGUGAAGGUGGUGAAGGAUCCUGGCCAGCAACUGACAGGGGAGCACAUAAAACAGUACCAGGUUGAAGAGAAGCAGAACAAAGCUCUGGACUCCAUCAGAAAGAACUACUACAACAAAGAUCCGUCAAGACCAGAGAAGCGUGAGAUCAAAUGCCCAACUCCUGGCUGUGAUGGCACAGGCCAUGUCACAGGGCUUUACCCUCACCAUCGCAGUUUGUCUGGCUGUCCGCACAAAGACAGGAUCCCUCCAGAGAUCUUGGCCAUGCAUGAGAAUGUAUUAAAAUGUCCAACACCUGGGUGCACCGGACAAGGCCAUGUGAACAGUAACCGCAACACUCACCGAAGCUUGUCCGGGUGCCCCAUUGCAGCUGCUGAGAAGCUUGCCAAAUCCCAUGAAAAGCAGCAGCCCUUGACGGGUGACCCUUCAAAGAACAACUCAAAUUCUGAUCGGAUACUCAGGCCUAUGUGUUUUGUGAAGCAACUGGAGGUGCCUCAGUACGGGAGCUACAGGCCCAAUAUGGUUCCCACCACGCCAAGGGCCAACUUGGCCAAGGAGCUGGAGAAGUACUCCAAGGUCACCUUCGAUUAUGCAAGUUUUGAUGCUCAGGUUUUUGGCAAACGCAUGCUUGCCCCAAAGAUUCAGACUAGCGAAACCUCACCUAAAGCCUUUAAAUGCUUCGACUACUCCCAUGAUGCUGAAGCGGCGCAUAUGGCAGCCACUGCCAUUUUGAACCUCUCCACUCGCUGUUGGGAAAUGCCUGAGAAUCUCAGCACCAAGCAACAAGAUCUCCCUAGCAAGUCAAUGGACAUUGAAGUGGAUGAAAAUGGGACUUUGGACUUAAGCAUGAACAAACAUCGGAAACGGGAGAGCGCCUUCCCCAGCAGCAGUAGCUGCAGCAGUAGCCCCAGCAUCAAAUCCCCAGAUGUAUCCCAACGCCAAAACAGCACCAGUGCCACAAGCAGCACCAUGACCUCACCCCAGUCCAGCCACACGUCCCGCCAAGAUGAAUGGGAUGGCCCCAUUGACUACACCAAACCAAACCGGCAGCGGGAAGAAGAGCCAGAAGAGUCAGAUCCCGCCAUCCGUUCUUUCGCCUUCUGAAGCAGAUGCCAGGAGGUCCCUGAAGGUUUUGAAGAAAGGAAGUAUCCUGGAGAAAUCACCUUAACCAACUUCAAGCUUAAAUUCCUUUCCAAGGAGAUCAAGAAAGAGCUGCUUCGUGAUUGCCCUACCCCAGGCUGUGAUGGCAGCGGACACAUCACGGGGAAUUAUGCUUCUCACCGCAGCCUUUCUGGUUGCCCUCUUGCUGACAAGAGCCUAAGAAAUCUCAUGGCUGCCCACUCUGCUGACCUCAAGUGCCCAACUCCCGGCUGUGAUGGCUCCGGUCACAUAACAGGAAAUUAUGCAUCACACAGGAGUCUAUCAGGCUGUCCUCGUGCCAAGAAAAGUGGAAUCAAGAUUACCCCCACAAAGGAUGACAAAGAGGACCCAGAACUGAUGAAGUGCCCUGUUCCUGGUUGUGUCGGGCUUGGACACAUCAGUGGUAAAUAUGCCUCCCAUCGCAGUGCCUCGGGAUGCCCCCUUGCAGCCCGGAGGCAGAAAGAAGGGUCUCUCAAUGGCUCGUCCUUUUCGUGGAAGUCACUCAAGAAUGAGGGUCCAACCUGUCCAACCCCAGGUUGUGAUGGCUCAGGUCAUGCAAAUGGAAGCUUCCUCACCCAUAGAAGCCUUUCAGGGUGUCCAAGAGCUACUUUUGCUGGGAAAAAAGGGAAAAUCUCAGGGGAUGAAAUUCUCAACACUAAAUUCAAGACCAGCGAUGUUCUAGAAAAUGAUGAAGAAAUUAAGCAGUUAAACAAAGAAAUUAGUGAGCUGAAUGAAUCCAACACUGAGAUGGAAGCAGCCAUGGUGAAGCUGCAGACACAGAUCUCAAGCAUGGAGAAGAACCUUAAGAAUAUUGAGGAGGAGAACAAGAUCAUUGAGGAGCAGAAUGAAGCCCUCUUCCUUGAGCUCUCAGGGCUAAGCCAGACUCUUAUCCAAAGUCUUGCCAAUAUCCGCCUUCCACACAUGGAACCAAUCAGUGAGCAGAACUUUGAUGCAUACGUCAACACCCUUACUGAUAUGUACACAAACCAGGAGUGCUACCAGAAUCCUGAGAACAAGGACCUGCUGGAAAGCAUCAAACAGGCCAUAAAAGGAAUUCAGGUCUAGAUCCAAUGGGACAAAAAAAGGGGGGUAGAGAACCAGAAGAAGAAGAGAGGGAAAAGUAAAAAAAUAAAUUUUAAAAAGUGGAAAUUCAAGUUACUGGAAAAAUAUAGAGGACCUUCACUCUGCAUAUUCAGGUUUACAAGUUACGAAACUUGUCGAAUGAAUGAAUCAAAGGACCAAAAUGUAACCAAGAGGCCAUUCACAAGAAGAACUGAACUCAAAAUGUUUUUGUUUACUUGGUGGCAUCCCUUUGGCAAAUGGUGCGGGCCUUGUUUUGACUUUUUGGCCAAUUCUAUGGGAUGCAGCUUCCAAGAGUGGCUUAGAAGUAAAGGGGAUCAAGGAUGUUCACAAGCCACUGGGCACAAAGAAGGCUCUUGGAAGAAUUAGUUUAAGGUUUAGAGCAUUAAAUGAACAGGGCUUUUAUCUGUAUCACAACAUACUCCACAACAUUGUGUUGCCUCUGGUCAUGUCCCCAGGUAACACACACAUCUUGUGACUUGUAUCGUACAUGUGAGUCUGGAGCUGCAGGUUAUGUGUCCAUCCCAAUCUGAACUGGGAUACUUACCCCACCAAGGAUUCCGAUACUUACUGGACAUAAAAACUCUUACAAGUAUUAUAGAGUAGCAUUAUUUUUUAUUUUCCAAAAGAGCAGCUCUGGAUCUCCAGUGGAAAGCGCAAUGGAAAAAAAAUAAUUACAAAAGGUUCUCAGGGAAGCUUUUUUGGAGUUUGCAACUACAGUAUUCCUUUGUCCGUCUUAAAAAAAAUGAUGAUAGCUAUUAAUGAACAGACCAACGUUGAAACAUUUUGUAUGGAAGAAUUCUAAGUGUGUCAUGGUCCAGUGUACAUGGGUUUUGGAAAGUCCUUUUGCUGACCGUUCUGGUUCUGUUUGUUGUUGUGAUCAUCGUUGAGUAGCUGCAAAGCACCGCAGGCGUCAAUGCCGGAGACACGUUUAAAGUGUGA